AUGUUCCAAGCAAAGAGACAGAACACCUCCGCUUUGUUCAACGCCGCGGCUGCACCGUCAUUGAGUCAGAGCGCACACGUCCCGUUGUCUCCUGAUGUCCAGCGGAAUCUUUUCCAGGUCGGCAUGCGUGUCCGCAAGUCAGUAAACGCAGGUUACAAAACCAAAACCCAAUCCAUCUUCCCUACGACCGAGAAGAACGUCACUCCACCCCCUACCUUCAUCCUUUCUACUUCAUCUACGCUUUUCAACCCCGCAGCAGCACCCCAUGGUCUUCUUCCGUUCAGUGCUGGACCAGUGAAGAGCUUGAAGAGAAGUAGGAGCGAUCAGGAUGACGAGGUCGAGCCGUUGAGUCAGGAUGUUAUUAUGGGUGAUGGAGGGCGCUUGGCGGGAUCGCAGAGGAACGUUGAUGUUACACCUGAGAACGACUUUGAGGAGGCAAGUUUCUUGCAGCCCAUCGAGAGGCUCUAA